GACCCCAAAAGACACAAGUAUAAACCUGUUGGGAAUGAACGAAAUGAUUGGUCUGGUCGAACACACACCGGCGUCUUAGUAUAAAUAGAAGAAAAAUCUGCUAACGUAAUGAUUUUCUGAUAGACGAUCGGCCAGAGAGAUGCCACCAAAAAGGAAAGCCACAGGGAAAGCAGCUGCUGGUGGGAAGAAAGCCAAGAAAGAGGAGGCAGCGGAUGCUCCAAAGACAGUACAUGAUCACAUAGCUUCACUGAAAGCUGCUGAUGCUGGCAAGAAAAAGAAACAUAAACCAGAUGAUAGGUUUCCCUUUGCAGCAUCAUGUGAGGUUUAUGAUGAUUAUGACUGUAUGUUAAACCAGACAAACAUAGGACAUAACAACAACAAAUAUUAUGUCAUUCAAGUUCUCAAGAUGGGUCCCACCUACUAUACAUGGAACAGAUGGGGUCGAGUUGGAGAAUCUGGCUCAAACUCGCAAAAAGCAUUUUCAAAUGUAAAUGAAGCCACUAAAGAUUUUGAGAAGAAAUUUAGAGACAAAACCAAGAAUAAAUGGGCAGAUCGAGCUAGCUUUAAUCCAGUGCCAGGCAAAUACACAAUGAUAGAAAUGGCAGGAGAAGAGGAAGAUGAAGUAGAUGCACCAACUGUUAAAACCCCAACUGGACCAACAGCUGCCUGUACUCUAGACGCUCCAACACAGUCCCUCAUGAAGCUGAUAUUUGACCAUGACAUGUUCCAAGAUGCAAUGAAAAGUUUUGAUAUUGAUGUAAAGAAAAUGCCUUUAGGGAAACUGAGUAAGUCACAGAUUGCUAAAGGAUUUGAAUGUCUGGAUGACAUAGAAAAAGCUCUCAAUGCCAAAAAUCCAAAGAAUACAUUAACAGCUCUAUCAUCUACAUUCUAUACCUUGAUACCACAUGACUUCGGACGUCGUAUUCCACCAACCAUUGAUACUCUUGAAACACUCAGAUCGAAGAUGGACAUGCUUCUGGUUCUAGGAGACAUUGCAUUGGCACAGGAAAUGGAGAAGGAGAGAGACAAGAUGGCAGGUUCUAAGAAAGAUAAAGACAAACCUGCCCAUCCUCUGGAUGUCAAUUACAAUUUACUGAAAUGUGACCUUGAGAGAGUUGACCCCAAGAGUAAAGAAUAUAAAAUAUUGGAGACCUAUACAGAUAAUACCAAAUGUUCUGGAUGGAGACCAGUUAAGAUUAAACAUGUAUGGAAGAUGAACAGACACCCUGAGGGAGAUAGAGUCAAAGCACAUGAUAAAAUUACCAACAGGAAGUUGUUGUGGCAUGGAACAAAUGUUGCUGUAGUAGCGGCUAUUUUGAAGAGUGGACUACGUAUCAUGCCUCACAGUGGAGGCAGAGUUGGAAGAGGAAUUUAUUUUGCCUCAGAGAAUGGAAAGUCUGCCGGAUAUACUCGACCAGCAGGAAAAAGAGGCAUAAUGUUUUUGAAUGAAGCUAUUUUGGGUAAAGAGAAACAUAUCUCCAUGGAUGACUCGUCACUAACAAAAGCUCCUAGCGGAUUUGAUUGUGUUGUUGCUAAAGGAUGGACUGAACCAGAUCCAUCAAAAGACACAUUUUUAACAUUAGAUGGAAAAAAAGUAAUCGUACCACAAGGCAAGCCUAUCAACCAGAGUACAUUCGCAAACAAAAGCAGCUUCAGCCAGAGUGAAUACUUGGUCUACCAAGAAAACCAAGUAAGAAUGAGAUACAUCUUUGAAAUGGAAAUGUAAGACGUGAAAAGGACAAGCUUUUUUUCUUUAACAUGUAGAAAUGUGAGAUUUCCUUGGAAUAUCGUUUCUAUAUUUUACCACAUAGACAGGUGUUGGUUUUUAUUUAGUUACAGAACCUAAGGAAUGUGAGAGAUUACAUUAUUGUAUUUUGUUUUAUUAGAGGUACUAAUCAUAUGUAUACAAGAUAGAUUGUUAAGUUGUGUUAAGACUCGUUAUGAAACAAUCAGUUAUUUGUUAUGUUUGUUUGGUAGUACAUUUAUUAAAAAAUUUAUUAUUAUUUUUUUUAUUUUAAUUAUAUUUUACUCCAUGAACAAUCAGCUGUUGGAUUUAUUCAAAGUAUUGGUUGUUAAUUUAAUAGUUUUUGGUUGUUAUUUUAUUCAAAGGUAGCUGUAAAUUUCUGCCUUAUAUUUUAACUUAAGUCACUGUAUUUUAUCCAGUAUUCUUUCUACUAGAGAAGAAAACAAAGAAAAUCCUCAUUAUUUUUUGUUGUAUGGUGUAAUUUAUAAAUUAAUUUGUGCAAUAAGAUAAAUACACCCCCUUCCAAAAAAAAAAUUAAUUGAUAAGAAAAAAAGAUAACAAUAGAAAUAAAAGAAUUAUUGAAUAAAAAAUAAAUGUAUAGGCCUGGUUUAAAUCUAUUAAUGAAUAUAAUUUUUGUCUUUGAAUGUAUAAAGAAUGAAUAUUGUUUUGUUAAGAUUCAUUUUCUGCUGAGUAAAUAUUUGACUUUUGUACAUGAGUUUUACAUAUAUACUUUACUGUGUUAGUUUUAGACAAAAAGUUACGUUUCCAUUCAUUGAUAACAUUGAAAUAUCAAAAGUGUUUGACACAAUGAUCCUUACAGGAUCGGGAGUGAAUGAGUUAUUUCCCCUUUUAAAGGAAUAUUACUUAAAUGAACCUAGUUUUGCUAUUGUAAUUUAGAUAGGUAAACAGGAUGCCUGUAGAAAUUCCUUAAAUAUGCAAGAGUAUUUUUUUUUCAUGUAUCCAUUUGGAAAUGUAUUUUCUCUUAAUCCCUGAAUAGAUGCACCAUUUUUCUUUUUAUUAUGUAUUUGUGAAGUUUUCAUUAACAAACAUGAAGGAUGUUUAUAUAUAUAUAUAUAACCCCGUAUAGAUGUAUAAUCUAUAGAUUCUGCUUCAUCAAAAAGUGGCUGUGUUAACUGAAAUAGGAAAACAAUGAUCUGUGAUAUUCUGCUGCCAAAGGGAGAUAAUUGUUGUUUUACUUAAAAAGUCUUUAAAUAAAUCAAAAAAAAAUUGAUUAAAAUGAAUGUCCAAUAUUCCCUAAAAGAUUAAUAAAAUAAAAAAUGAGAAAAAAAAUAUUAAAUCUAAAUAGGAGAUAAAAAUUCACUAAUAAGUACAUAAUCAAAAAUAACAAAACGAUAAGUGUAGCCAAAUUUAAUGGACAGUCUAAUAAUGAAAAAGCAGAACUUUUUGUUGCUAACAAAGAAUUUCAAAUUUUGUUUGACGAAACUACUCUGCCUACUGUAAAUAGAUUUUGAAAGAGAUUCAAAUUAAUGGAACAGAAAUGGAAUCAACAAAUUUAUAUGCAACAUAAAAAAAGAAAAAUGACUUUUUAUGAUAAUAAUGAUUACUCCCUUCUGGCAGAAGAUUCUGUUUCAGUCAUACUCUGUAUGGAGAUGACUGGCUCAUCGGGAGCUGUGAUUUUUGAGUACACUUGUACCCCCACACAUGUUUCAUGUUUAUUUUGCACUAUUUGUUAAAUUUCUGUUUGAUUCACAAGCAGUGUAUUGUAAUUGGUGUACAACGUAAACCUAAUUCAGACUUUGUAAAGUAGGAAUGUUUUUAAUAUAUCAAUUUAUUAGAUUAUAGAUAUAUAAUCAAAAAAAAAAAAUGGAUAGAGUAGACACAUUGUUGUAUUUUUUAUAUGGUCUUAAGGUUAAGAUUUGUUAUUCAUGGGAGGGUAUUUUAGUCAAGACCUAUAAAAAUAAAUUUUUACCAAUUAUAAUUAUAAUUCUGAAAAUAUUUUUAAAAACACUAUUUGACAUUUAUUUUAAAAAAAUGAAGAUGUGAAUGUUAUAUUCACUUUUAUAUCUUUUAUUCCUCCACAAAUCAUGAAAACCCUAUCAAAUAUUAAUCAUCUUAUUGUAUCUCAUUAUUAACAUAUCAUUGUGUAAGACCAAUUUCAUUUAUUAUGAAAAUCAUCCAUAUGUUUUCAAAUUGCACUUCAAUUUAUUUACAAGUUGCUUCUGAUAUGGAUAUGAUAAUAAAUAAGCUUUAUUCAAAAAGAAGAGAAAUUCUAUUUUUUAAUUGUGCUUAAUGAAAAGUUGAAUGCACUGUUCAAAUAUAAACUCAUAAAAACAAAGAUUUGUUCCUGAGUUUUGAAAAAGUACAUUUCAUGCAAAUUGGAAGAAAUAACAGUAUGCACUUGUAUUGCAUUACACAUGACAUCAACAUUUUGUUGAAAUAGCUUGUAAAAACUUGAAACACAGUCUAUGAGUAUUAUUGAUUUUAUAGUUUUUAUCAUAGUAAUUUUUAUUGAAAUUUAUAAAAAUCAAAUAAAUUCUGGAUUUCAAUGGUAAAAAUAUAUUUCAUCAUAGCAAAACACUGCCAUGGAGUUAGAUAGUUUAUAUUUAUUGACACAAUUUGAGCAAGAGUUAUUUCCCUUUUGUCAUAAUAUUGGUGGUUAAAGUGCACAAAUUCCUUCAUAAAUCAGCCAAAUUCAACUUCUUAUACUGAUUGCUAGACUUUAGAAAAAGUUGUUUUCUGAACAAUUUUGAUUUAUUUAAGCCUUGCUUAGAAAGGAUUUCUUAUCAGACUAAUUUGUACCACAUGUUUCAGUUUGAUUAGUCAAAUAAAAAAAUCAAUCAGGUACACCUUUAACAUUAUGGCCAAGGGGAAUAACUCAGACUACGUUAUAUUGAAACCUAUUUAUUUCAUCACACCUCAUGUAACUUCACAUUUUAACCUUUUUUAUCAUAAAUCUCAACAAACUUUUGUAUCACAUUUUUUAUAUAUAUAUAUAUAUGUAAUAAGUAUGUUCAUGAAGGGCAAUUUAGUAUUCCAAAUGUACUGGGAAUGCAGGUCUUUAGUGUAACUUGAUUUUCUGUAACUCAUUCACAACCAUGUCUUGGUGAUCAUUUAUCCAUUUAGCAUCAAAUUUUUCUUCAUCAAUUAUUUUAUGUUUUUUGUAUGUUUUACUUUAGAAUUUUUUGUUCAUGAAUGUAUAAAGGGCUGCUUAAAUAUGAAUGAAAAUGCUUUUUAAAAGACAUUAUUACAAAUAAAGUUUUUAGUGCCAUUUUUGAAUAUGAUCAUUUUUAACUGUUGAUUAUUUGACUAGAUCAUAACAGUAAUUAUAAAAUUGUAGAUCAUUUCAUGAUUUGAGACAAGAAUUACAUCCAGGUCAUUUUGUCUCUGGUGGAAAGUUGUCUUAUUGGCAUUCAUACAACGUCUCCUUAUUUUUGUACCGAGUCAAUCACAUUUAUUUCAGGUUUAAUCCUAUAUAUUUCCACUUUUAAUUUAAUCCAAGUAUAAAAAAUUUAAUUUUAUUUUUCCGUGUUUUUUUUUUUAAUUGUUGGGUUGCUGUUUUAUAGACGUUUAUCCCAUAUAUUCUUUAUUUUACAUGCAUUGUGUUUUAUUGCUUUUACUCAAGAAAUUUAAAUUAAAGAAAUGCUGCUCAUUAAAAUCACUCACAAAUACAAAAUAAAUCAUUAUUUCAUAUUAUGACAGUUGUUGAUUUGUUGUUUGUUUUGUAAGAAUUGUGUUCGUGUAUUUGUGUGUUUAAAUGUCAGUUUUAUUCAAUUAGAAGUACAUUAUUAUUAUGACUACUGAUUUUAGAAUCAGAGCAAUGUAAAUUCAGAUAUUUUUGUGUGCAUUUAUAAUUACUAUUGUCGAACAAAUGACACAAAUGUUUGAUUAAUUAUUACAAUUUCAGCAUAUUUUUCAUGCAUAUUAUGCUUUCAAAUUAAGAAUGCAAGCUUUUUCUUUUGCAAAACCUAGCCUGUCACAAUUCUUGCAAUAAUAAAAAUAUGGCAAAAAUUUCUGAAUUUACAGUAAUUGUUGAAUUGAUUUAAUGAAUAGUUUACUAACAAGCAUCACCCUCUUGUGGCUGUUUAUAUACUCACUCACACUUUCCCGUGUUUUUGAUUGCAAAAAUCUUGACAUGAAUAAAUAAUUUAGUUUUUA